GACGAAAACCACUCUCUGUCAAUCAAGAAAGAAUCGCCGACUUCGACAGACAACAGGUAAGUUUAAUUCAGCUAUCGUCGGAUCUGGUUAGCCCUUGAUUGGGAAUUGGGUUUCUGUCUCGCCCCUUGCUCGCCCGUUCGAUAUUCGAGUCCCUCGCAGAACGACCGAACCCUGUCCGGCAGUUGUUUUUCUGCACCUUUGUCCCCGGGCAACAUCACGGCUGUGUCAUUGUUGUUGUGCAGUCGACUUGUCCUGCACCCCACGGCCUUGGUGGACGCUGCCUCGCAUCUGUUCUGUCCCAGACACCUGAGCCGGACAUAUUCUAUCGCUCUAUCAUAUCGAUAAGUAGUGGCUGCCCCGUGGUCAGUAUGGAAAACUACCAGAAGAUUGAGAAAAUUGGCGAGGGAACGUACGGUGUCGUUUACAAGGCUCGCGAACUCACUCACCCAAACCGGAUCGUUGCGUUGAAGAAAAUCCGACUGGAGGCUGAAGAUGAAGGCGUACCCAGCACUGCGAUCCGCGAGAUCUCUUUGCUAAAGGAAAUGAACGACCCGAACAUCGUACGUCUCUUGAACAUCGUACACGCAGACGGGCACAAGCUCUACCUCGUUUUCGAAUUCCUCGACCUCGAUCUCAAGAAGUACAUGGAGGCACUGCCGGUCAGUGAGGGUGGACGCGGUAGGGCUUUGCCGGAUGGCUCUACUCUGAGCAGGAAUCUAGGCCUGGGAGAUGCGAUGGUCAAAAAGUUUAUGGCACAAUUAAUCGAGGGUAUCCGUUUCUGUCACAGCCACAGAGUGCUUCACCGUGACUUGAAACCCCAGAAUCUCCUAAUUGACCGUGAUGGCAAUCUCAAGCUGGCCGAUUUUGGAUUGGCAAGGGCAUUCGGUGUUCCCCUCCGAACCUACACGCACGAGGUGGUAACUCUAUGGUACCGCUCUCCUGAAAUCCUUCUCGGCGGUCGUCAGUACUCCACUGGUGUUGACAUGUGGUCUUGUGGUGCUAUUUUCGCGGAAAUGUGCACUCGCAAGCCUCUAUUUCCUGGUGACUCGGAAAUUGACGAGAUCUUUAAGAUCUUCCGGAUCCUCGGAACUCCAGAUGAGACUAUCUGGCCUGGCGUCACCUCGUUCCCUGAUUUCAAACCGACCUUCCCCAAGUGGAAGCGCGAAGAUAUCCAGAACGUCGUCCCUGGCCUCGAAGAGGAUGGCCUUGAUCUAUUAGAAGCCCUGCUCGAGUACGAUCCCGCUCGACGUAUUUCAGCCAAGCAGGCUUGCAUGCAUCCAUACUUCCAGCACGGCAGCUCGUACUAUUCUGGUCGCGCUCGCCGCAAUGGCUUUCACUAAUUCGAUGACUCAUGAGUUUCCCGCUUACAUGUAAUCUACGUACGUAUACCAACGGCUGGGCAGGGGUUGGACUGAGGUUGGACGGGAAUCUUGCAGGUGAUACGGGCUGUCAUUUGUUCUUCCAGCACGCGUCUUAUACCUCAUUCCCGGUGUCUUGAUACACUUUCCUUGCCCUGUCUCUACUUCUUGUAUUUCUUUUGUCAUCGGCGUUUGUUAUGGAGUAAUUUGGCAGGAAAGAAACUAGGAUAUGAUAUUUCAAGGACUGCAUUCUAC